GGUGUCUAUCUUUGACCAUCUUAGAGGCUCAUAUCAAAAUGUUCAAGCUCACUAUCUUGAUGGUUGCCUUGGCUUAUGCCAGCGCUGGAUACGUUGGAACGGAACAUUCUUAUGCUGCCCCUGUAGCAGCACAAUACUCAUCUGCUCCAGCCGUGAGCUAUAGCAACUUCAUCCGACAUUCACCAUCCUUGGGCCAUGGAUACGCCCAUGAUCAUCAUGCCCAUGCUGCUCCAGUCCUGGCUACUCCAAGCCACGGGUACGCUGCUCCAUUGACCAACCAUUUCACUUACGGCCAAAACCUUGCUCCAGCUCUUGCCUAUGACCAAGGUUACGCUCCAGCCCUAUCCCAUGACAACUAUGGAUAUACUGGCUACGCCGCCCCUCUGACCACAAAGCCCGUCGUCGUUGCUCAGCCUCAGCUGUACCACCACAACACCUAUGCCACUCAUGCUGCUCCGGUUCUGGCUGCCCACGAUUACAAUCAUGGCGGAGAUUUUGGAUACCAUAAGCAUCAUGGCCAUUACACUUACUAAACAUCCCUCCAUACGGUUGUUAAAAGUUACAUAGCUCAUUAUGCACUUGUUGACUUGAAACUGAAUUACAUUUAAGAGCGUUUCUUCGUGCAAUCCUU